AUGCGCUGUAACGUCGAUUUGCUCAAAAUUAUCCAAAUUGGAAUCACACUCUCCGACGCCAACGGAAACAUGCCUGAUGGCACAUGCACAUGGCAAUUCAACUUCCACUUUAGCGUCAAUGAUGACAUGUAUUCAGCAGACUCUAUUGAAAACUUACAAAAAGCUGGACUUGACUUUAGUCGACACGAAGAUCCCCAAUACGGUAUCAAGCCCAAUGAUUUUGCUGAGCUCUUAAUCACCAGCGGCUUGGUAAUAUUUGAGAAUGUAAAAUGGAUCAGCUUCCAUAGUGGUUAUGACUUUGGAUAUCUCCUCCGGCUCCUAACAAAUGCGCCACUACCUUCAGUCGAGGAAGAUUUCUUCGAGCUCUUUAUCACGAGGAGCAUUCGCGCCACCAAAGGAGGACUCCAGGAGAUAGCCGACGAACUCGGAGUUCAAAGAAUAGGGCCAUUGCAGCAAGCUGGUUCUGACGCUUUGCUUACGUCUAUGACUUUCUUCAAAAUGAAAGAGCAUUAUUUCCCUGACCAAUUCGACGAAUCAAAAUACAGCGGUCAGCUGUAUGGCCUCGGUCCUAACUACAACCCACUGGCAUCGUCCCCCUCUGCCCCGACCCCGGCCCACGUGCACCACACUGCUGUAUCCCAUAACAUGAAUAUAUCUCUUCCCGGAAUGGGCAUGCAGAUGAAUGGCAUGAACUCGAUGGGAAUGGGGCAACCUUUCCCCACACCUGGUUUGUAUCCCACAGGAUCUGUAGGUACACCUUUUGGUCCCUCAGGGCCCACUCCGCCCACUCAUGGAGGAGGUAUGAGCGGAAUGGGCAUGGGGGGCGUAGGGAUGUAUGGAAUGCCGGGACAUAACGUCCGAUGA